CCAUUAUUAUUCACAAACUCGACAACAAUGGCCUUCAACAAUUCCUUCCUUAAUUCUCUUCUCCUUGUUAUAGUAAUAGCAGCAACAGCCAAUGGUAUUGGUGUCGACGCAACUCGACCAUCAACACCAAGAAGAGUUGCGCCACGUUCUAACUGCAUAUCCUCUUUGAUCUCAAACCAAGUCUUCGACAGCAUAUUCCUUCACAAAGACGACACUGCAUGUCCAGCUAAAAACUUCUACACCUACGACACUUUCCUUAAAGCCGCCAAGACUUUCCCUUCUUUCGGCUCAACCGGACCAUUACCCACCCGCAAGCGCGAAAUCGCAGCCUUUCUUGCCCAAAUCUCGCACGAGACAACCGGUGGGUGGGCAACAGCCCCUGACGGCCCAUACUCGUGGGGUUUGUGUUUCAAGGAAGAGGUCAGCCCAGGCAGCGACUACUGUGACCCAGACAACACCCAAUGGCCCUGCUCCCCUGGCAAGAGUUACAAGGGUCGUGGGCCCAUUCAACUCUCUUGGAACUACAACUAUGGCCCGGCUGGUAAGGCCUUGGGCUUCGAUGGUUUGAAGAACCCGGAAGUUGUUGCUAAUAACUCCCUCAUUGCUUUUAAGACUGCCCUUUGGUUCUGGACUACCCCACAGAGCCCCAAGCCCUCUUGUCACGAUGUUAUGGUCGGGAAAUACGUGGCAUCACAUGAUGACGUAGCGGCUAAUCGUACGGCUGGGUUUGGGCUGGUGACUAAUAUUAUUAAUGGAGGACUGGAGUGUGGGAUUGUGAACGAUGGGCGGGUUAAUGAUAGGAUUGGUUAUUUUAAAAGAUAUGCUGAGAUUUUGAAAGUUGAUACCGGGCCUAAUCUAGAUUGUGAACAUCAAAAGCCUUUUGCUUAAUUACUUAGUAUUGUUAACAACAAAUAAGUUUUGUUCCUUUUUGUUUUAUCAAGUUGAAAUGAAAAGGGGUCAACAUGGUUUCCAUUGUGUUUGCUAAUGUAUGUGGACUUUACUAGA